UAUCUCCCGAAGAACUGUCUUGUCCUGUGUGCUGUGACAUCUUCAAGUCUCCUGUUCUUCUGUCGUGUGAUCACAGUUUCUGUAAAGAGUGUCUUCAACAGUUCUGGAGAAGCAAGGAAACUCGUGAGUGUCCAAUCUGCAGGAGAAGAUCCUCAAACAAUUUUCCUCCUCCUAAUAUGGCGUUAAAUAACUUGUGUGAGUCGUUCCUAAAGGAGAGAGAAUUGAAUCGUGCAUCAGGAUCUGAGGAGAUCUGCAUUUUACACAGUGAGAAACUCAAACUCUUCUGUCUGGAGGACAAACAGCCGGUGUGUGUAGUGUGCAGAGAUUCACAGAAACACGCCAAUCAUAAUUUCAGACCCAUCAGUGAAAUUGGUCCAUCGUAUAAGGAGGAACUGAAGUCCUUGAAAGAGAAACCUAAACACAAAGAAAACAUUAAAGGAGAGAAAACAGUUCAACAUACCAAUAAGGACAUAAAUUAUAUCAUCAACAAAAGCAUCUUAAUUGAAGGUGGAAAUCCUGCUCGAUAUCAUCUGCAAACAAAGACAGACUAUAUGGAUCAAUCUGAACAAUACAGAAAAAUCACCUUUGGAGAGAGAGACAAAACCAAACCCCAUAAAACCAUUCUGAUGGUGGGAGAAACAGGAACUGGAAAAACAACCCUGAUCAACACGAUGAUCAACUACAUGUUAGAUGUUCAGAGAGAAGACAAGGUUUGGUUUGAGAUCACAGAUGAACAGAGCGACCGAACAUCAGCAGCUACAUCACACAGUCAGACCUCCAUCAUCACUGUUUAUGAGUUUUAUCCACGAGAGAGUAAAACUGAUCUAACAAUCAUCGACACACCAGGAUAUGGAGACACUCGUGGAGUUGAGAAAGAUAAACAGAUCGCUGAGAGUUUGCUUCGUUUAUUUACAUCUGAAGAAAGUGUUCAUGAAGUAGACGUAGUGUGUCUGGUGAUUAUGGUACAACAAAAUCGACUCUCUGACAGACAGAUAUACAUAUUUGAUUCUGUUCAGUCUUUAUUUGGAAGAGAUACUGUUGAAAACAUCGUAUUGCUCUUCACACACUCAUCUGGAGCUCGACCUAAAAAUGUCCUGACGGCUGUUAAGAAUGCUAAAGUCAAGUGUGCCGUGAAUGACAAGAAUCAGCCGGUGUAUUUCCUGUUUGACAACUGCCAGUUAGAAGCAGCUGAUGAAGAUGAAGAAGAAGAAGAUGAUGAAGAAGAUCAUGAACAGAGGCGGAAUAAAUCAUGGGAUCGCAGUUCAAGAGGAAUGGCAGGAUUGUUCAAGUUUCUUGAGAGUGUAAAACCAAAAUCCCUGCAGAUGACUCGAGAUGUGUUAAAGAAACAGAAGCAGUUGGAGGCAAAUAUCUCUAAUCUAAAAGAACGUGUUCAACUGACAGAACUAAAGCAGAAUGAGCUGAAACAAACUCAAGAAGCUCUGGAGAAGAACAAGAGAAAUGUAGAGGAAAAUAAUGACUUUGAGUAUGAAGUCGACGUGGCCUAUAAAGAGAAGGUUGAUAUUGAUCCUUCAGUAGAAAAAGAGGCGACGUGCUGCAGCGUCUGUGAGGAGAACUGUCAUUAUCCAGGAUGCUGGUGGGUCAAAGAUCUCUCAUGGUGCAGUGUGAUGAAAAAUAAUCACUGUACAGUGUGCACAAAUAAAUGCCUUUACACCAAACAUGUCAAAGAAGCAAAACUAUAUGUAACAAAGACAAAAAAGGAGAAGAGGACAUAUGAAAAAUUAAAGAAGAAAUAUGAUGGGAAGAUUGGGGAUGGUGAGUCUCUGGCCAAGAAGCUGGAAGAGGAACUGAAAGAAUUAGAGAAAGAGAAAGUAAAGCUGGUGAUGGAUGCGUUUCACUGUGUGGAUACUCUGGAGAUGAUCGCACUCAACACUGAUUCACUGAACACACUCCGACAUGUUGAUGUUCUGAUUGAAAAGCUGAAGGAAAUAAAUCAGCCUGGAAAAGCUGAAAUACUGGAAAACAUCAAGAAGAGAGCAGGAGAAGACAAACAAGAAGCUCUGGGAUACAAUGCUAGAUUUUAAUGUAUUUUAAUAAUCACAAAUAAUACCUUAUCUCAAAUGAUGCUGACACUGAAAAUCUGAAAUCCUAAAAAGUUUCUGCUGUAUUCAAAAGCAAGUCCUUCAUGUGAUGUUAAGCUAUAUUAUCAUUGAUCAUAAUUGGGAUGUUUUAUGAAUCUAACAUUUUUUUAUCAUCACACUUGCUUGAAUUUUCCACUUGUAAAUUGCUGCAUAAACUGCAUCUACAAAAUGAACUAAUGUGAAAGUGAUUACUGUGGAUUCUGUAUAUGAAUUUAUAGAGUAAAUUACUAUUGAAAAUACAGCCGUAAUACUGUAAAAGCAAAGAAAUAGCCAGAUAAUUGUUAUUCAUCAUAAAAUGAUGUGAAUGUAAUAAUCAUUGUCAUUGUCUAAUAGGCUGUUAGAGACUGUUUUAACUGUAUUAUAAAGCACUGUCAUCUAUAGAGCCUGUUUGAGAAACUGUUGAAUAUCAUCCAACAGGUGAAAAACAUGAUAUACAUUUCUAAACUCUGCUUUAUAAUUCUGGACUGUACUGUUAUUUCACUAUGACUCGCUGUGUUUAUUGAUGUAUGCUUAAUGUGUUUAUUGAGAAUAUACAGAAAUAUUAUUUUCUUUAGGUGAACUGUCCCUUUAAGAGUAAAGUAUGUUAGUACUCAGAAAAUCCAAAAUAUAAUCCUGAAACGGUGUCCAUAUCUAUCAUCACAAUUGCUUCUAUUUUUAUCAUUAAUAAGUUGUUUUGGAUAAAUGCAUCUGCUAAAUUAACAAACACAAAAUACUAUUGAUUACUGCAAAUAUUUUCUAGCUAUAUAUUAUUUUUAAUGCUUAUUAUUGUACUAUUAAGCACUGACAGACACUUAGAGGCUGUAUGAGAAAAUAACUCUGAUAGCAUGACUGUUUCAAAAUGACAAAUGUAUGAAUAAAAAAAGAAAACACUCAUGUGAACAGAAA